AUGCACCAGAGUCUUCAGAGUAUAGUAAGUGGCGGGAUUCAGGGCGGCUUCUGGCUGCUGCUGGAGGAGGCUGCCCUUCUUCCCUCUGCUUUGGUGUCGCGCCUCGCUCAGUACCUGCACAGCGUCCGCCACACCAAGGCCAACGCUCUCAAGAGAUGCCUCAUCGACGGCCAAGAGAUGAAAGUGGUGGAUUCCUUUAGUCUGUUCCUGACGGUGACCAGUCCUAGUAAUGUACUGGGUGUAGCACCACCUCCCUGCCCGCUCCUAAACCAUUCCAUCGCUCCCCAUCUCUCCCCGGUCACAGUUUGUCUCCCUAGUACUGAAACUAUGCUGGAGGUGGUAUUGCGGGGCCAGGGCCUCGCUGUGUCCUCAGAGUUCCUGCAGAAGUUGCGGGAAUGCUUUGCUCACCUCACCUCACUCCGACCUGAUGGGUAA